AUGUUCGACGACCAAAUCACGCAAGAUGAGAAUUAUCUUGUCAAAACGCUCCACGACCAGCAUCCAGAUAAUGGCCAUGUUAUCAUCGAGUCGACGCUAGAGCUGUUGUCUAAAAAUGUAGGGAAUGCAUUGGAUGACUUUCUCUCUAAGGAUUCACUGACCUUUCGCUACAACUAUGGCAGAUUAAACGGAAUGGUUCCUGAAAAGUCAACAUACUUCCAUAACCAGUUCCCUCGUAAAUCGACUAAUUUAGAUAGUGAGUACCACCACACAAGCUUAGAUGCUGAUAUUCUUUCACGGUGGAUCCCCAGAUCAAUUCUCAAGAUAUUUGUGCCGAUUCUUUAUUUUCAAGAUCUUCAGAAAGAACAGGCACAAAAGAGGUUGUCUCGUAAAAGGGAGUUGGAUAUGGAGUAUCACAUGACUGCAAGACCGGUUCCAACCUUAGAAGAACUCAAUUUAUGUGCUUCGUUUAGAGGAAAAGGAGUAUGGGACAGAAACGGCACCUGGUUCUGUACUUCGCAGGAUGUGUCUUCAACUCCAUACAAACAAGAUGAGUUUGGUCCGAAGAUCUUUAAAUCUUACAACUCCUGGAUCACCUGGGAGCUGAACAUACAGAAUAGGAUAGAGGAGGCCAAGAGACUGGAGGAUUGGGAUUUAGUCAAGAGCCUAAGGAGAGCGAAAAACCCUCCACCCAAGAUGUAA